GUUUCAUUUGGCUCCAAGUCGUCGGCAUGGAACGUUGGCAGAAUCGCGUGGCCGUGGUGACCGGCGCCAGUUCGGGAAUCGGGGCGGAGGUCGCCCGGAAACUGGUCUCCGCCGGCGUGGUGGUGGUGGCCCUGGCCCGCCGCCUGGAGCGCUUGGAGCAGCUGCGUCGGGAGUUGCCCGAGGAGCGGCGCUCGCAGCUGCACAUCCGGCAGUGCGACGUCACGGAUGUCGCCUCCGUGGACGCCGCCUUCGACGCAGUGCAGCGGGAGCUGGGCGGCGUGGACAUACUGAUCAACAAUGCCGGCAAGCUGACCGGCGGCCAGCUGCUGACCAUGUCGCUGGACACGGUGCAGCAGGUGUUGCAGACGAACGUGAUGGGCGUGGUGCACUGCAGCCAGCGGGCCUUCGAGUCGAUGCGACAGCGCCACUCCGCCGGCCAUGUGGUGCUCAUCAACAGCAUCGUGGGCCACUACAUCUUCAACCCGCUCCCCGGCAGCCAGCAGGAGCUCAACAUGUACCCGGCCACCAAGCACGCGGUCACCGCCCUCACCGAGCUCUUCCGCCAGGAGAUGCGCGAGUUCAAGACCCAGGUCAAGGUCACGAGCAUUAGUCCGGGACUGGUGGACACGGAGCUGGUGCCCUUGGCCUACAAAAGGCUGCCCAUGCUGCAGGCGGAGGAUGUGGCCAACGCCAUCCUGUAUGUCCUGGCCACGCCCCCCCACGUCCAGGUGCACGAGCUGACCAUCAAGCCCAUGGGCGAACCUUUCUAGGACACCGCUGCAUUGCUCCACAUUGACCCCUAAAUAAUCAAGUGUUUCGCCACUAAAUAAUUCGUGGCCUACAUCGAAAUAGGCCAAAUGGAACGGGGGCCUUACCAAGUACUCCAGUGUCUUGCCAAUUUGUGUAAAAUAACUUAUAUUUGCUUCGUAAAAAUGGAGUAAGAUUUUCCUAAAAAAUAUGUUCUUAUUAUUAUCUCUUAUA